AUAUGAAAGAUUGUGACGUUACGUGUACAAAAGAAAACAAAGAACUUCGAACUCAACAAAAUGCUGACUUGCAAUAUUUUAACUUAUAACUUAUGAAACACAUUGGUAGUUUUAGGUCCAUAAAAUGAAUGUUGAUAACAAUCAACACUGUUCACUAUUAUGUAUGCUGUUUGGAACAUUUCCAUGGACAUCUAGUAUUUUUAAAGUUCUCGCUUUGAUUGUCACAUGCGUGGUGCUACAUGUAUUGUGGAAAAGAAGAAAAACAGUACGUCAAUGGGAUGUGUUAAUCUUCUAUGAACCCCUGGAGGAUCCAUGGGAAGAACUUGUAGGAAAUCCAUUUGAUAAUCAAAAAGCUGUGAUCGACAACGAAACGACAAUGAUGACAAAGAAAGCUGACUUUUAUGUUCAACAUUAUUCAUAUUUCUGAUAAUAAAGUUUACGUUAUUUGA